UGGGGCUAUGGCGCUUGAAGCGGACCCGGAAGUUCCGGUUGGAGUUCCGGGUGCCAGCAAGUCUUCUAACUGGAGAUAUGGCCACGCUCUGCCUCUUCGACGUGGAUGGGACCCUGACUGCCCCGCGGCAGAAAAUUACAAAAGAAAUGGAUGACUUUCUACAAAAAUUAAGGCAGAAGACCAAAAUUGGAGUGGUAGGUGGCUCGGAUUUUGAGAAAGUACAAGAGCAACUGGGAAAUGAUGUGGUUGAGAAAUACGAUUAUGUGUUUCCAGAGAAUGGCUUGGUAGCGUACAAAGAUGGGAAGCUUUUGUGUAAACAGAGUAUUCAAGAUCAUCUGGGGGAGGUUGUGAUCCAAGACCUGAUCAACUACUGUCUGAGCUACAUUGCAAAAAUUAAGCUCCCUAAGAAAAGGGGAACUUUUAUCGAAUUCCGAAAUGGCAUGUUGAACGUGUCCCCUAUUGGAAGGAGCUGCAGCCAAGAAGAACGAAUUGAGUUCUACGAACUCGAUAAAAAGGAACAUAUACGACAAAAAUUUGUAGCAGACCUGAGGAAGGAAUUUGCAGGAAAAGGCCUCACAUUCUCCAUAGGUGGCCAGAUCAGCUUUGAUGUCUUUCCUGAUGGAUGGGACAAGAGGUAUUGCCUGAGGCACUUAGAACAUGAUGGUUACAAGACCAUUCAUUUCUUUGGAGACAAGACUAUGCCAGGUGGCAAUGACCAUGAGAUCUUCACAGACCCCAGAACUGUGGGCUACACAGUGACAGCACCUGAGGACACACGCAGGAUCUGUGAGAAGCUCUUCCUUUAACACCAAAGAAAUGUGGUCCUGGCCAACAAGACUGAAAGGUCACUCAGGGCCAGGGGUCACUUAAGGCCAGAGCUGGAGUCCCUCCUCUCAUGUACAUGGGCCUCAGCCCCAGCCUCCAACCUGCAGCCACGCUGUUCUCAUGGGUCCAAUCACACAGGGGCUAGAGGUUAGCUCAUUGGGCAUUCCAAUAGGCCACACCUCUACAUCCAUCUAGUACCAGCAGCCCCAAGGGAAAGAACUUACCAAAAAUGGCUAUGGUUGGGUGUGGUGGCUCAUGCCUGUAAUCUGUGCUUAGGAAGCUCAGGCAGGAGCAUUGCCAUAAGCUGGAAGCCAGCCUGAGGUACAGAAUGAGACCCUGUCUCAAACAAACAAACAAGACUGUUGGCUCUGGGGUUGGGGGGAAUAGCCCAUAGAACACAUGGAUGAGGCCCUGGCAUGGAGCCCAGCCUACGAUUUAGGUCUUACAGCCCCUUCUCCCAGCCUAUGGUCUAGGAGCUGGAUACAUGGCUGGUCUCUGAAAUUUCCCCAUCAUACGAUGAUACAGGAAAAAAAACAAGACCGUAUCUGGGACCCUUACCCUUUGUGAAACUUAAGCUGUGGGUUUGGGGUAUUCUGGUGGUGGUGGUGGUGGUAGUUUUGGGAAGGUUCUGUUUUGAAAUAUGGUCUCAGUAUGUAGCCCUGGCCGCCCUAGAAACUGCUAUGUAGACCAGGGGGACCUUAAGCCUGGGGUCUUCCUGCUUCUGCCUUUUGAAUACAGUUCCAUGUACCAGCACACCGUCUGAGGUUUUAUGAAAACCUGCAGCUGUCAGUGUGUAGGUCUAUACUUUACCACCAAACAGGGAUCUGAGGAUGAAGACAUACAAGCCAGCCAGUUACCCACCUGGGACAGAGCUGAAGACUUCCGGGAUGCACACUCCCAGUCUGCAGUCUGCCAGUGGAAGCUGGGCAUGAACAUCAGCCAAAGGGCUGAUCUGUUUUUCACGCCAGCUUCCUGUUUGUGAGCCACAGACCACAGCAGGGCCUGCCUAAGAUAGCUGGCCAAGUGACAACCGAUCUCAUGAUUGUGUGCACCUCUACCGGCCUGGCCAUCUGUUUGCUACAUCUUAUAGCCAGACUGCUCUACUGUCACCAGCAGGAAGGAAGGAGAGGGGACCCAGCAAAGCAAAGCCUUGUCUGUAGUCCUCCAUAACCCCACGCUGGCCAAUCCAGGUAACAGACCCAGUUCCUGAGACAUCAGUGACAGCCUCAUGGCCACAGCAACAGCUCUUUCUCCUUGGCAAGUGCACAGACGUCCAGAACCUCAAGGAGAGCCUUCCAAGAACUUUUCCCAGGCAGCUUCCUGUGCCUAGUAAACGGUUCUGCAGCCCAGCUCCUGUCGGAAGCCCCUUCUGCCCUUCCCUGCCUCCAGCCACCAUGUGUUCCCACUGCCCUGCUCUUGGCUGCCCACACUGACACCUGCCAGUGACCCCUUCACCUCUGUCCACCCCCAAAGAAAGUGUCAGGACCUCUAAUCUGUGGCUUCCUUGGAUUUUAUGGCAGGGCUAUGAAACACAUUAAAGGGACUGCAUCCUUCCUCA